AUGAAAAUCCAUUAUUUUUCAUUCAAAGGUCUGCCUGCCAGUCUAGAUACUAAGCUACAAAACGACAUCAAAGAACUCCAACGUAGAAUCGCCCAAAUGGAAAGAGAGCCCCAAGACUCUUGUGGGAAAACUGGCCCUCCUGGCCCUCCAGGACCACCAGGACCACCAGGCUUCAGUGGAAUACCUGGUCUACCAGGUCCCCGAGGCGCACCUGGACCAAGUGGACCUCCUGGCUUUCCAGGACCAAGGGGUAUCAGUGGUCCUCCUGGUCCACCAGGUCUGCCUGCCAGUCUAGAUCCUAAGCUACAAAACGACAUCAAAGAACUCCAACGUAGAAUCGCCCAAAUGGAAAGAGCUUUGACCUUGGAAGGAAAGAUCGUCAUUGCUGGAGAUAAGCUGUUUGCCUCUACUGGAAAGGCAUAUGUCUUUGAGAUAGCAGAAUUCACUUGCCAAGAAGCCCAGGGCGCCAUUGCUGCACCAAGAAAUCUGAAGGAGAACAAAGCUAUUCAGAAGAUUGUGCAAUUUUAUAACAGUUCUGCCUAUCUGGGUAUUAUUGAAAGUGAUGUGCCAGGGACAUUCCAUUUCCAGAAUGGGGAUCCUUUGGAUUUUACCAACUGGUACGAGAAUGAACCUUCCGGUCCAGGAAUUGAAAAAUGUGUGGAAAUGUCCAGCGAUGGCACUUGGAAUGACAAAUUGUGCAACAAUAAGCGCCUUGUGAUCUGUCAGUUUUAAAACCCAACCCCAAGGCAACCAUUGAAUGUUCCUUAAAACAUAACUUGAUGUGAUUUUUCUGUCAAAA